CCCGCUUCCAGGGCGCUUGUGCUGAGGUGAACAAUCAGAAUAAUGUUCAACAUAAACCUGUUGGAGAACCUGAAGGUUUACAUCAGCAGUCGACCUCCGCUGGUGGUCUUUAUGAUCAGCGUGAGCGCUAUGGCAAUAGCUUUUCUGACACUGGGUUAUUUCUUCAAAAUCAAGGAGAUCAAGUCACCAGAAAUGACAGAGGACUGGAAUACCUUCCUCCUGAGGUUUAAUGAUUUGGACUUCUGUAUAUCUGAGAAUGAAACCUUAAAGCAUCUCAUCAACGAUACCACCACUCCAGAAAGUACGGUGACGAGCGGCCAGGCGAGAUCUUCUACACAGUCUCCACAGACUCUUGAGGACUCUGGUCCCAUAAACAUCUCUGUUACAAUCACACUGACGCUGGACCCACUCAGACCAUUUGGUGGAUAUUCCCGCAAUGUCACACAUCUAAGUUCCACAAUUUUUGGACACCAAAUUGGACUCUCAGGCAGAGAAUCCCACGAGGAAAUCAAUAUUACCUUCACCCUGCCAGCUGCCUGGAAUUCAGACGACUGCGUUCUUCAUGGCCACUGCGAGCAGGUCGUGUUCACAACCUGCAUGACUGUGACAGCAGCCAGCAAUGUAUUUCCUGUCACAGUUCAACCACCACAUUGUGUUCCCGAGACAUACAGCAACGCUACGCUUUGGUACAAGAUCUUUACCACAGCAAGAGACUCUAACACAAAAUAUGCACAAGAUUACAACCCUUUCUGGUGUUACAAAGGAGCAAUCGGAAAAGUGUAUCAUGCUUUAAACCCCAAACUAACUGUUAUAGUUCCAGAUGAUGAUCGCUCUCUAAUAAACCUGCAUCUCAUGCAUACCAGCUACUUUCUUUUUGUGAUGGUGAUUACGAUGUUCUGCUAUGCAGUUAUUAAAGGCAGACCAAGCAAACUGAGGCAAAGCAAUACAGAGUUCUGCUCUGAAAAGGUUGCUUUGUCAGAAGCAUAAUCCAUCCUCUCCUUGUACUGACAAUGACUGAGAACCGUAAUCAUUGCCUGCUGAACCCAGAAUGGGUCUUAACACUCUGUGAAUACAUUAUCUUGCAAUGUUGGUUUAUUCCAACCAAAGACAUUUCAAGUGCCUGUAAUUGAUUUGUACAUAUUUAUAAAAGUAUAUUCAGAAUAGGUCAGAUGAUGCACUUGUUCCGCAUUGUAGUGCGGCGGGAUCCUUUCAGUCUUUACCUGUGGACAUAGCCGAAUGUUUGUGUAGAUAUGUUUAGUGAUAUGGCUACAUAUAGUCAGAGCAAGAUAUUUUUGUCUAGCUGCAUCUGGGCAGGUUAAGAUGCCUUUGCAAGUGUCUCAAACAAACCAACAGAUCUUUGUUUUUUUUUGCCCAAUGAUAUGUACAGUGUGUUUGAAACAGUAUGCACCUUUGAUAUAAUACUGCAUUUCCAAAGCCACCAAUCUACUACAUGAAUUAAAUGUAUAUUUGUGUGGCCUAAUACUUUCUUCCAUUUGCUCCUUGCUUGCAAGAAAAGAUAUCAACAUUUUAGAUUUUUUUUUGGAAAAAGAAAUACAUAGUCACAUUUUAAUAGUGCUGUAUUUAGGAAAAACUUGUGCUUUUAUUCAUAGUAAAAAAAAAAAAAAAGAAGUGAAGUCCCAUUUUAAAAUGUUUCUUAUUGAAAAGUGCUAAGUUUGAUUUUGAUUAUUUUUUUUUUUUUCCAUUUGGCUUGCUGAAUGCCAGAGAAUCAGUCAGCAUAGAGACUAUCUGGAAAGCCUUCCACUUGGCUUCCCAUCUGCAGCCCUCAAACCAGGAUUGUGAAUCUUUGCUGCAGAGCAGCUUUCUGUAAACUUUUUUUGGGUUUUGGUUUUUUGGUUUUGUUUUGGUUGUUUUGUUUUUUUUUUAGAAAGUGAAACUUAAUAAAAAGAUGUAUUGUAUUAACAGUCUAUUGGGGCUCUGCACAGCCUUGGGCAAGUGCAAAUAAUGAAAGGAAAAGAAAUCCCAUAGUCUGUUAUAGAGCUUCACUUUGGGACUCUCCAUCCAUCUCUGAAGGGCAGCUGAAAAUGACACUUUUAUUAGCUUUGUCCGAUUUCCAUUUAAUGCUGCCCGCUCAGGGGAGAAUGACGGGGAGAGAACUAGGGCUGUGGUGAUUAAGGUCAAAGAAACCACACAGUAAAACACACACUGUUCUCUGUGUCCAUUCUUAAAUCAGAUGGUUUAUUCUGUGUGUUUCUCCCUUUCCCAUUCUGGCUUUCGCUGUUUCUUUCUGGCUUCUUACUCAGUAGCCUCCUUAAUUUUCAGGAGUCGGGGUUUUCCUGCAGACAUUUCCACCACUGCUUUUAAAAUCUCACUGGUUGCCUUAAUUGACCUUUCAUCUUGUCUUUCAGCUUUCCUGUCGGGUAGUAUAACUGUAUACAAAACACAUAAGCUUUCUUCCCCUCCCCGUUUUGCUCUAAACUACACAAAAGAAGAAACCCAAGUCAAAAUCUCAGAGUCUCAGUUAUGCUGGCAUAAGAUUCUUAGUUUAUUACGUAUAGACACUAUGGAGUGGUACCCUACUGGUCUGUGUGUUUGGCACUUCAGUAAGUUCACAAGUCUUUAAGCAAAAUAGUCACACUUUUCUUCAGAACAUGGUUUCCUUUGUAGAAUUUCAGUUACUUAAGUGGUGUUAACUAACAAGCGUUUUUCUCCGGGGAUGUUAAAGGCAAAGCUUUAGAGAUGGCCUAGUUUGAAGUCGAGGGGUAAAAUGAAGCUUCCAGUUUUCUCCUGAUGCUGCUAUGGGCUGAUGCUGCUUCGCUGGAAUCAAUCGGUGAAGUCAAAACAGGUAGAUGGCUUCUCAUGGAAACUGUCCGAGCUGUUCCUAAUUCACACAAACCCAGCCUUCUGCAGGAAUUCUGACUUCUAGAGUUGCCUACGAGGGUGGCUUGAUCUGGGGACCAAAGGCAGGAAUAGGAAACGGAUCCGGGGUGGUGUUGCAAAUUCUGGAAAUAUCUAGAAAACACCCAACGUAACACGACUCCUUUGAAAAAAAAAAAAAGCAAAGCCAAGUCCUUUCUGUUUCAGCAAAUUAAAAAUCAAACUCCAAGUUUUCUAACUGGAGUUUGGUCUGUUGGGGAAAACAGAAGUUUCUUAAUCUGGUUUUGCUCUUUGGUAAGUAGAGGAGCUUGCAUUGCAGUUUAUCGCCCGCUGUCCUGAAGUACCCAGAAAUACUAAGAUUGCAACCCACAACUGGGGAAAUGUCAGAUAGUUGAAUUUUUUUUGGCCUUAGUUUAUCCCUUUGCACCCCUGUAUUGCAGCGGAGAGGUGAGGGUGUCCAUCAGGUUGGAAUGCUGUAAUACUGAGGAAUAUUUGGAUUGUUCCUAGGCGCGAUGUACAAAAGUUAAAUGCAGCCAAACAGAAGAGUAAAAACUUAAUAUUAAAGUUCAGAUCAUAUUGAUCUUUCCUUUUUUGUUUUCUUUUUCUUUUUAACUAUGACUUGAAUCAGUUUUGAUUCUAUUUGUACGUGUUUUCUUGUUCUUAGAAAGCUGCCAUUUUCUUUUGCGUUUUUCUUUGGCAUUACAUAGAAAAUCUGAGCCUUGGUUUUCAACCCUCUGCAGGUGAUUGUAGGGUUAAGAUGGCUUUUUUUUUUGGUUUAUUUUGUUCUUACAUUUCACUUGUCUUGUUGCAUGAUGGUUAAUAGCUGAUUUGGAAAUGACAUUUCUCUCCUAGAUUAAUUUUGUGUUUGUAAGAUGUGCAUAUUGCUUUGCAGAAUAAAAACAAUGAAGUUUA